AAUGUCCUUUUUCAUAGGAACAAUGAUUCAGUUGUCAGGUCAGCUUUAGAGUGUGUGAAUGGGUCUGUUGAAUGCUGAGUCUACCCAAACAUAUGUCUGCGAAAAGAUGCGCCCUUGGGUAUUUCAUCAGCACUCAUCCAUGGUGACCGUGGCAUUGGGCAUUGCUUUCAUUGCAAUAAGUAAUGAUUUGCUUCUUUCAAGUCGAACGGGCGCUCAGGCCUGGACUUAUAAUUACACCACAGACCUCUUGACCUACGAUUUGGCUCGAAGCUACUGCAAGAAGAACUUCACCGACUUGGUGGCAAUCCAGAACAAGGAGGAGAUCGCCUACCUCAACAAGACGCUGCCCAAGCCCGAGAAAGGUUACUACUGGAUCGGCAUCCGCAAGCGGGAGGGGAAGUGGACCUGGGUGGGAACUGGACAGGUCCUGACCCCCGAGGCGGAGAACUGGGCCGCUGGGGAGCCCAAUGACCUGGGCGAUGGACAAGACUGUGUGGAGAUCUACAUCAAGAGAGACAAGGACACGGCCAAAUGGAACGAUGAGAACUGUAUGAAGAAAAAGGGAGCUAUCUGCUACACCGCCUCAUGCUCUGAGAAGUCCUGUCAGAACGGGACGUGUGUGGAGACCAUUGGAGACUUUAAGUGCAGGUGUUACCUUGGCUUUGUAGGCCCUCGCUGUGAGAGAGCUGUGGAGUGUCCAGCAAUGUCUAGUGCCCCUAGCAGAGGAAGCAUGAACUGCAGCCAGCCCAUUCCUCCCCACAGAUGCAACUCCACCUGUGAGUUCAGGUGUGAUGAAGGCUUCCUGCUCCAAGGAGCUCAGAGAACAGAGUGUAACGCCACAGGCCAGUGGACACACCCAUCCCCCACCUGCACAGUGGUCACCUGUGCUCCUCUGCUGGUACCUGCUGGAGUCGACUUCACCUGUGAAAACCCGCUGGGCGCCUCAUCCUACAACUCUACCUGUAAUUUCUCCUGUAAGACGGGUCACACUCUGAUGGGACCAGCCAACCUCACCUGCCUGGCGUCUGGAACCUGGUCAGCAGCAGCACCUGUGUGUGAAGUGGUACGCUGUGGCCAACUAAAUGCCAGCCUUAAUGGCAAGCUAAGGUGUCAGGACCCUUUGGCGAAGUUCAGCUACAACUCCACCUGCUGGUCAGAGUGUGAUAGCGGCUUCAUUCUCAAGGGAAACAGUUCCACCCACUGCUCUGCCCAAGGACAGUGGAGCCACGCCCUUCCUGUUUGUCAAGCUGUGGUGUGUCCAGCAAUGUCUGAUGCCCCCAGUGGAGGAAGCAUGAACUGCAGCCACCCCAUUUCUCCCAACAGCUUCAACUCCACCUGUGAAUUCAGGUGUGAUGAAAGCUUCCUGCUCCAAGGAGCUCAGAGAACAGAGUGUAGGGCCACAGGCCAGUGGACACACCCACCCCCCACCUGCACAGCUGUAAGGUGUGAAUAUUUAAAAGCCCCAUCAAAUGGCAUGUUAAGGUGUCAGAACCCCUUAGGGGAAUUCAGCUACAGCUCCACCUGCUGGUCAGAGUGUGAUAGCGGCUUCAUCCUCAAGGGAAACAGCUCCACACACUGCUCUGCCCGAGGCCGGUGGAGCCAAGCCCUUCCUGUUUGCCAGGUGGUCACCUGUGCUCCUCUGCUGGUACCUGCUGGAGUCGACUUCACCUGUGAAAACCCACUGGGCGCCUCAUCCUACAACUCUACCUGUAAUUUCUCCUGUAAGACGGGUCACACUCUGACGGGACCAGCCAACCUCACCUGCCUGGCGUCUGGUACCUGGUCAGCAGCAGCACCUGUGUGUGAAGUGGUACGCUGUGGGCAACUAAAUGCCAGCCUUAAUGGCAAGCUAAGGUGUCAGGACCCUUUGGAGAAGUUCAGCUACAGCUCCACCUGCUGGUCAGAGUGUGAUAGCGGCUUCAUCCUCAAAGGAAACAGCUCCACGCGCUGCUCUGCCCAAGGACAGUGGAGCCAUGCCCUUCCUGUUUGUCGAGCUGUGGAGUGUCCAGCAGUGUCUGAUGCCCCCAGUGGAGGAAGUAUGAACUGCAGCCACCCCAUUUCUCCCCACAGCUUCAACUCCACCUGUGAAUUCAGGUGUGAUGAAGGCUUCCUGCUCCAAGGAGCUCAGAGAACAGAAUGUGACGCCACAGGCCAAUGGACACACCCAUCUCCCACCUGCACAGCUGUAAGGUGUGAACAUUUAAAAGCCCCAUCAAAUGGCACGUUAAGGUGUCAGAACCCCUUGGUGCAGUUCAGCUAUAACUCCACCUGCUGGUCAGAGUGUGAUAGCGGCUUCAUCUUCAAGGGAAACAGCUCCACGCACUGCUCUGCCCGAGGCCGGUGGAGCCACGCCCUUCCUGUUUGCCAGGUGGUCACCUGUGCUCCUCUGCUGGUACCUGCUGGAGUCGACUUCACCUGUGAAAACCCGCUGGGCGCCUCAUCCUACAACUCUACCUGUAAUUUCUCCUGUAAGACGGGUCACACUCUGACGGGACCAGCCAACCUCACCUGCCUGGCGUCUGGAACCUGGUCAGCAGCAGCACCUGUGUGUGAAGUUGUGGAGUGUCCAGCUAUGUCUGAUGCCCCCAGUGGAGGAAGCAUGAACUGCAGCCACCCCAUUUCUCCCAACAGCUUCAACUCCACCUGUGAGUUCAGGUGUGAUGAAGGCUUUCUGCUCCAAGGAGCUCAGAGAACAGAAUGUGAUGCCACAGGCCAGUGGACACACCCAUCCCCCACCUGCACAGCUGUAAGGUGCGAACAUUUAAAAGCCCCAUCAAAUGGCACAUUAAGGUGUCAGAACCCCUUAGAGAAGUUCAGCUACAGCUCUACCUGCUGGUCAGAGUGUGAUAGUGGCUUCAUCCUCAAGGGAAACAGCUCCAUGCACUGCUCUGCCCGAGGCCGGUGGAGCCACACUCUUCCCGUUUGCCAGGCUGUGGAGUGCCCUGCUGUGCCUGAUGCCCCUAGUGGAGGAGGUGUGAACUGCAGCCAUCCCAUUGCUCUCCACAGCUUCACCUCCAGCUGUGAAUUCAGGUGUGAUGAGGGCCUCCAGCUCCAGGGAGCUCUCAGGAUAGAGUGUGACCACAUAGGCCAGUGGACACCCGAGGCUCCGACCUGCAAAGUGAGUGAGGAACCAUUGGGUGCUGCCCUGUUAAAGUAUACAGCAGUGGGUGGAGCCUCUGUCCUUGGCCUGCUCGGUUUGAUUGGUGCAGGACUGUUUGUCCGACAUCUUACUAAGAAAGACAGUAGCAGUGUGGGUGAGGCAUGGAAUAGUGGAAUCAAUCCAGUAUUUGACAGCAGUAUUUGAUGGCAGAAACAAAUAAAAGCAAAUGCAUGAAACACAGUGUGUUGAAAUAAAUGAUGAUGAUGAUGAUGAUGAUGAUGAUGAUGAUGACGAGAGUGUCUUGUGUAAUCUAUUUUGGAAGGAGUAGUUGAUAGCCUAUUUCAGACAGUCAUUGUCUGAAAUAAGUCAUGGAUGGCCUACUGCCCUGACGAGACUGUAGGCUAUUUGGCAGUCCCAGGUCUGUGGGU